AUGGAGAUGGAGAAGGAUAAAAAUCAGUCUGUCAUCGUUGACAAUGGAUCUGGAUUAUGCAAAGCCGGUAUUGCUGGUGACAGUGCCCCAAGGUCAGUUAUCACAGCGAUCAUCGGUCGCUCAAGAGCCAAAGCCACCAUGGUUGGGGCUGGCCAGAAAGAAUUUUACAUUGGGGAAGAAGCCCAGUCCAAAAGGGGAGUGUUGUCAUUGAAUUAUCCCAUUGACCAUGGAAUAGUGACAUCUUGGGAUGACAUGGAGCGGAUCUGGAGGCACGUCUACGAGUGUGAACUGAGGAUCAAAUCCAGUGAUAGGCCAGUACUCCUGACAGAAGCCCCACUGAAUCCUCUUCAGAAUCGGGAGAGAAUGACCGAGAUCAUGUUUGAAAGCUUCAAGGUGCCAGCAAUGUAUGUUGCUGUCCAAGCCACAUUGGCCCUCUAUGCAUCAGCACGUACCACAGGGAUAGUAAUGGACAGCGGAGAUGGUGUUACUCACACAGUCCCUAUCUAUGAAGGUUAUUGUUUGCAGCACGCUGUCUCCAGGUUGGACGUUGCUGGUAGGGACAUCACUGAAUACUUCAUGAGGCUCCUUCUAGAGAGUGGGCAUUCUUUUGUCAGCACAGCCGAGAGGGAAAUUGUGAAAAACAUCAAAGAGAAGCUCUGCUAUGUGGCUUUGGACCCAAUCCAAGAAAUGAGAGCCAAAGUGGAAGAACUCAUGAGGGAGUACAAAUUGCCUGAUGGUAACGUCAUCAAGAUAGGCAACCAACUCUUCCGAGCUCCAGAGACCUUGUUUGUACCCGCUAACAUUGGUGUUGAAGCUCCCGGAAUACACAAGAUGAUCUUCAACAGUAUUGUGAGAUGCGAUAUUGAUGUCCGCAAAGACCUUUAUGAAAACAUUCUGCUUUCUGGGGGGUCGACUCUGUUCCCCGGGAUGGAUGAGCGUAUCCUGAAGGAAAUGCAGCUGCAAGUACCCAUUGGGAUAUCAGCAAGGAUCAUAGCGCCACCUGAGAGAAAGUACUGUGCCUGGAUUGGGGCCUCUAUUUUGACUUGUCUGUCAUCUUUCAAACUGAUGUGGGUCACUCUUGAUGAUUACAAAGAUUUUGGCCCCGGUGUAGUUCACCGAAAAUGUUUCUAA